ACUAGAAGAACUAGAACUAGUUCUAGAUCUAGCUAGCUAACUGUUAGCUUGGUUUUCGCAGUAAAUCCAGAUGAAAUGUCUAGUCUGUAUGGCCCCUACAUUGACCUUUUGCAGGCUUCAAAGAUGCUUCAGCCAACUGAUGGCACAUUUGACAGUAUCAGACGGAACUAGCUCGGGUCAUUAAGAUUGUCAAACAAUAACGUUAACGUUAGCCGUGCCUUUCCUUAUUUGUUAUCCAACUGCUCUAGCAUCAUGAUUCUGUCAAGAGUAAAACCUGCUGUUGGCGGCAAUGCUGCUUCCAGUGUGAGUGAAAAGAAGAGAAAAAACAAGGCGAAGAAAAUCCCGCGACUUGAGGACUAUUUGAAUCAGAGAGACUAUAUGGGCGCAUUGACUCUGCUGGAGUUCCAGCCUAGUGGUGGGGUGGUCGAGGAACACGCAGGCCUUUGGAUCGGCUACUGUGCCUUUCAUUUAGGAGAUCACAGAAGAGCAAUGGAGGAAUACAAGGCUCUGACUCUCAAGGCAGACUGUCCUGAAGAGGCGUGGGUCCACUUGGGAUGUGCCCUUUUCUUCCUUGGGCUUUACAAGGAGGCCGAGGAAGCUGCACUGAAAGGUCCAAAGUGUCAACAACAAAAUAGACUCCUCUUCCAUUUGGCUCACAAGUUCAAUGAUGAGAAGAAACUCAUGGGUUUCCAUCAGAACCUGGAGGACGUCACUGAGGACCAGCUCAGCCUCGCCUCAAUCCAUUAUAUGCGCUCACACUACCAGGAGGCCAUCGAUAUCUACAAACGAAUCCUCCUGCAGAACAGAGAUUUCCUGGCGCUGAACGUAUAUGUAGCGUUGUGCUACUAUAAGCUGGACUACUAUGAUGUCUCUCAGGAGGUGCUGGCAGUGUAUCUGCAGAGUGUUCCCGACUCCACUAUUGCCCUCAACCUCAAAGCAUGCAACCACUUCCGCCUUUAUAAUGGCAAAGCUGCAGAGGCUGAGUUAAAGAACCUGAUUGACAUCUCCUCCAGCUCGUUUGAAUUUGCCAAGGAGCUAAUACGGCACAACCUGGUAGUGUUUCGUGGUGGAGAGGGUGCUUUACAAAUCUUGCCACCUCUGAUUGACGUCAUUCCUGAGGCUCGACUUAACCUGGUCAUCUACUACCUGAGACAAGAUGACGUUCAGGAGGCUUACAACCUGAUUAAAGACCUUGAGCCCACCACACCCCAGGAAUAUAUUUUGAAAGGUGUGGUCAAUGCAGCACUAGGUCAGGAAAUUGGAUCUAGAGAACACCUGAAGGUUGCUCAACAGUUCUUUCAGCUGGUGGGAGGAUCAGCGAGUGAAUGCGACACAAUACCGGGACGGCAGUGUAUGGCCUCGUGCUUCUUCCUCCUUAAGCAGUUUGAGGAUGUGCUCAUCUACCUGAACUCAGUCAAAAGCUAUUUCUACAACGAGGAUAUUUUCAACUUCAACUAUGCCCAAGCGAAGGCUUCCCUUGGGAACUACAAAGAGGCUGAGGAGGUGCUCCUGAUGAUCCAGAGUGAGAAGAUCAGGAACGACUAUGUGUACAAGAGCUGGCUCACGCGCUGUUACAUCAUGAAUAAGAAGGCUCGUUUAGCCUGGGAACUGUACCUGAAGAUGGAGACCUCAUCAGAAUCCAUCAGUCUCCUACAACUCAUUGCUAAUGACUGCUAUAAGAUGGGCCAGUUUUAUUACGCGGCCAAAGCCUUCGAUGCCCUCGAGCGGCUGGACUCCUGCCCUGAGUACUGGGAGGGGAAGAGGGGAGCCUGCGUGGGAAUCUUCCAGCUCAUCCUGGCAGGAAGAGAACCCAGAGAGACGCUGAAGGAGGUCCUUCCUAUGUUGAGAAGCACUGGGAACCCACAGGUGGAGUACAUCAUCAGGAUACUAAAGAAAUGGGCCAAAGACAACAGAGUUGCAUUAUCAUGAUUUUUUCAAGGCAACCGUUACAGCAUUGAAUCACUUUUGCCAGCACAAAACAGUCAUGGAAAUGUUAGUUCCUAUCCUAGCUGGGUGAAUCAUGUUCCAAAUGUCAUAGAGGAUAUGUGUAGACAUACAUUUGCAUUAAAAAUAAUCAUUAUCCUACUUUGGAAAUGAAUUAUAUUUAUCAGUAUUUUACGUACAGCUCAUGAAAUCAAAGUAUCACAAAAAAACAUACAAUGACUUGAUAUCUGAACUGUAUUUGUGUUUUACUUACAUGUACAGUUUGUAUCACAUUUUAUGCAAUGUUGUAUUGUACGUCCCAGAGUAAAUAUUUUGUAUUUAAA